AUGCCACAACUUCACUCUGCUAACUUUCCUGUUACCGAAGACGGACGUACUUACCAUCUUGACUUGGCAAAAGGUAUGAUUGCCAAUCGUAUCAUCACCGUUGGUGAUAUUGCUCGUGCUGAAAAAUAUGCAGGAUUUUUGGAUAAGGAUUCCAUUACUCUUCGUCAUCAAUCUGCUAGAGGAUUUUAUACAAUUACUGGUAAAUAUAAAGGAAAGGACGUUUCAAUUGUUGGUAUUGGUAUGGGUUUUCCAAUGAUGGAUUUCUUGGUUAGAGAAGCAUUAUAUUGUUUUGAAAGUGGAUCAACAGUUGCCAUGUUGAGACUUGGUACAUGUGGUACUCCAGAUAUCAGUGUUCAAACUGGUGAUUAUGUUAUUACUGAAGACUCUAUUUCCGUUAUUCGUAAUCCAGAUUAUUUUACUUUGAAAGAAGAAAACCAAAGUACUGAAGGUGUUAAACCAUACUUGCUCUCUUUGCCAGUUAAAUCUAACAAGGACUUCCAAGAUGCUUUGGAUAAUGCAUUCACACAAUUAGAUCUUCCACAUCAUCGUGGUAGAAAUGCAAUGGGUGAUUCAUUCUACAGUUCACAAGGUAGACACGACGAUAAAUUUGAUGAUGAAAAUGAUCAUAUUGAAGGUAAAUUACAAGAACUUGGAGUCAAGUCAAUUGAAAUGGAAUCAUUCCAAUUGUUGGAUUUGGCUAGAUGUACAAAAACUGUCAAAGUUAAAGCCUGUGCUGCAACACUUGUAUUGGCUCAACGUGUUACAAAUGUAUUUAUUGAUGUAAAUUUGAAAAAUACUAGAGAAGAAAUGAUGGGCAGAGCUGGCCUUGAAGCUAUUAUUAAUGUCGAAUUGUAA